AUUGCUAGUAAAACACAAAGCAAAAUUGAUGAUGCCUGACCCUCAACUUUUUGUUUCUUUGUAAGGGGCUAGAAACAGAAGUGAAUCAUGCUGCGAAGCAAGAAUACAUGUUUUGCUUAACCAGUUUCUUCAAGGAAUCAGGGGGUUAACCUAUGGAGAAACCAUAUCUAAAUGCCAUGGCUGGAAAGUUGACCAAUGAAGAAGAAGAAUUGAUGUCUGGUACUUCUUACCAUGGUCAGCUGCCGGAUUAUAUAAGUGGCAGUGGGUCCCCUCCACGUGAACAUGGUUUUCGGCCUACAUUCCUCCCAGAAGAACAGCCAAUCAACAUGGUCCAACCCAGUUUGAAGAUGAACGACAAGCCCAGAACUGAGCCAGUGGUGGUGAACUUUGCAUUAUCAAAGAGUCAGAAUUUAAAAUCAACAUUGUUUGAGUGUGAAUCCCAGGACUCUGCUUCAUCUGACCCUGAAACCAAGCAUUCAAAAGUUCCACAUUCCUUUAAGACCAGUACAAGUUUAGUAGAACACCAUGGAUUGCAAGAGGAAACCCCAAAUUCACAAUCCGAUUCAGAUCAGUUUUCAUACCAAACACUUGACUUGUCACAUUCAGAGAGUCAAAGUAUUGAUGGCCUUAUUAAUCCAGUGUCAGAAGUGGGAUGUCAACAUUCUUUUAAAGAAACAAGUAGUAAAGUUAAUCCAAAAAGAAGGAGUCGCAAGGCCAAGGGUUUAGUUAGGAAAAAAGGGGUAAAGUGUUCUAAAGACAAUGCUCUUUCGUUAGGAAGCUCAAACCAAGGUCCUUCACAAGGUUUAAAAUUGGAUUUAAAUGAAGAGCAAUUGUCAGCUAGUGUAGGGAAAAGCAAGAGUCCUGGAACAAGGAGGAAUCCUGUUUUAUCUUCUUUGCUUCAUGCUAAAGCAGAAGCUAGUGAAGUAGUUUGUGCCGAUUUACCGGUUGACCUGUGUUCAAAGACGAAAGAUGUACAUGUAGAGUUGACAGAAGGAAGAGAGGGCACUGUGUCCACGAGACAUGAACGUCCCAGCAAGAUGGCGGAUGUGGAUUCUGGACACACCAAUACAGAAAAUGGAAAUCUUCCUAUGACUGAAGAAAAUAGUCUUGCGAAGUCUACCUCCGGAGAUUCCAAAGCAGAUCUUGGUCAGCGCAAAAAGAAGAAACGGAAGCUGUUAAGUGGGAAACCAGGUGAAGGAUCGGCUGUGUAUAAAAAUGUCAUCACACGAGGUUUGGUCAUGGAAGGAGGCGGGUUAGGCAUACAGGCCGCACCGGAAAUCAAACCAAAGCAGAAGCGGUAUAGGGGUAAACAGACCGUGUUUUGUUGCUCUCUUUGCCCCAAGACGUUUCCCCUGAACUGUCGUCUAACGAAACAUCUGAAGACGCACGCAGGAAUAAAGCCGUUCAUGUGCACCGAGUGCGGCAAUUGCUUCACUCAAAACAGUUCACUGCAAAAACACAUGCGAACCCACACAGGCGAAAAGCCUUACGAAUGUCCCGAGUGCCACCGAACGUUUUCCGAGAGCGGGACCUUGGUGCGCCAUCGGCGGACUCAUAGCGGGUACAAACCGCACCCGUGUCCACACUGCAGUAAACGAUUCGCUCAGAAGAACAGCCUGAAAAUCCACAUUCGCUCUCACACGGGUGAAAGGCCCCACAAGUGCCCACGGUGCCCCAAGAGUUUUGCCAGGCUUCGCUAUCUCAGCACGCACAUUCGCAUUCACACAGGAGACAAACCCUUCAAAUGCCCGGUGUGCUUCAAACCUUUUGCAGCUCAAAGCAACCUCAAGUCCCACAUGAUUACACACAGUGGGGAAAAGCCUCACGUAUGUAGGGUUUGCAACAAGUGCUUCUCGCACAAGAAAACUCUCCAGCAUCACACACGGACGCAUUUCGAAGAGGAUCCAUUCGCAUGCAGAGUCUGCGGAAAAGUUUUCGCCUACGCGAGUUCGCUUCACAAACACAUGAAGUCUCACGGGCCCAGCAAUCAGUUCUUCUGUAACGUAUGUGAGAGAAGCUUCUGCGACAACUUCUCCCUCAAGGGACACAUGCGAACCCACUCGGGAGAAGCUCCUUUCACGUGCUCAGUAUGCGGCAAGGGUCUCUACUACCGCAGCUCGCUCAAAAAACAUCUUCAGAGGCAUAACGACACGCCCGAAGAAAAGCUGGAAAAUGUGUCCGAGAGUUUAAGCUGAGUAGGCGGACGAUUUGGAUGUGUGUGGCCUUGGACCCACGUGCCACGUCAGACCUUUCAUAUGGCACAUUUUCUCGAAAAGAUCCUUCUAUGGCACGUGUAACCCAGUGGAACUAUGGGAGAAAACCGAAGAAUGUGUAAUUGAUUUCAAAUGCAGGGAUAUUUACUUCUCUUUUUAAAACACUUUGUUGUGAAACAGGCUCAGCCGUAAGAACGGAGUAUGAAAACACGAUUGUUGGUUUUGACCUUUACGUAUUUAGACUUCUCUAAACGACAUAUAUAAUUCGAGCCAUGUGGAUAACCUUAGAAAAGGAUGUGUAGAAUUUAUGUUUAGGAAGUGUAUAUGUGUUUGUGUAAUUUCUGAUGAAGCGUAAUUGCGGGUCAAAAGUACUUUAAGACAGGCUUCGGUAUGCUUCAUUAAGUUAAUUGAUUUCUGCUGACCCGAAUGUAUUAUUUCAUCUAAAGGUGUUAUGAAGUUCACCUUGAAGGUAUAUCAUUGGACCAAUUCUGUCUUUUGACACAAUAUUGAUUGCAUGGAAAAAUUCUUAGAGACAAUUUCUCAGGAGAUCUGAAGCAUUUAUAGAGAUGUAUGUGUACAAUUAUUAUGCACA